AUGAUGUGGAGUAUGAAGACUUCUGCUCAAGGCACGGGGCGAGCUGUUCUGACGAGGACUUCCACCCUCUGCUGCUGGAGGGCUUGCUGGGCUCCGCAGCACAUGCGAAAACUAAAGAGAAGGCUGCUUUACCAGGCCGUGAAGAAGUUUUAUCGUGUGGCUUACGGACCUGCUGAGUGUCAGACAUAUUGGGUUUCUGAUGCCGAGUCUCUGCCUUUCCGAAAGCACAACCUCACAGAGCAUCUGGCUUUGAACUCCAGAUCUCCGAGAAUCGUCGUGAGCACUUGGCACGAUGAGCCAGACUGUGCUAAUGUGGCGGCUGACGAUGGGACCGACCAAGCUUGUGCCAUCAUGAUGACAAACCAAACGAAUGGCAUGCGCUUUAAGAACGACGAUGCGCAGUCAGUCUGGACACCUAGACGGUGGAAGAAAGUCUUUCACAACGUGGACCAGUGGUGGUACUACGACCGUACCGUAACAGCAGAGUGGCUGGACUUCUUGGCAAAUUCAACAGGUGUGCCUGCUUGGUCAGUCUUUGGGUUGUAUGAGCUGUCUGACAUGUCCGUGUAUGGCAUGAUGAUGCAUUGGUCUGCGUUCUAUGCUCAUCCUGGACGCACCGAAGUCGUCAACAUCAGGGCAGAAAUCCGCAAGGUCGAUCCUGGCGCCUUUAGCAAGUGCUGCAGCUGUUCGCGACCAACGGCGACGGGUCUGCCCCCCCGAUGCUCAACAGCACUUGAGCUGUUUCAGGGCUGCCUGACAGCAAUCCCUCUCGAGCGACGCUUGGAGAUCGUCAUCGAGCGGCUGAGCUUUUUUGGCUUCUCCAACUACAACCGCUUUCAAAAUGUUCCAGAUGUCGCAUACAACACGCUGACAGAUGCUAAGCAUGGCUUGCAUUGGUGCUACAUCAACUGUUUCAAGGUCGAUGCAAUGAGCAAGAUGCUGCACUUGAAACAUGUCGAUCUGCAAGGCAACUACCAGCAGAGGGUCGUGAUCCUCGGUGCCGGAUCUCUCGCAGCUUCCCGGGCUUUCCGCGAAGCCGAGGUCGCCGCCUCCCUGGCAUUAGUUGAGCCCUCACCUUGCUUGGCUGCCGCCGCAGACUCGCUGCUGGACCACAAAGCCACGGCGGUUCAGUCGUCGGGCCAGCUGGAUACAGGUUUCGCGAUUCCUGCUGCCGCCCUUGAUCAUCCGCAUUCCCAAGAAACGGCAACUUGCCUACUGGUGUGUGAUCGGCUUUCGGACGACUUACUUGGCGAGCGCCUUGUGGCCACCAUGAAGGCCGGCAUGAAUGUGGCCAAGCCGAAUUUUGAGAAGGUGCUGUGCCUGCCAGGCCGUGCAGAACUUAUUUGUGCGCCCCUGGAGCUGCGAAGUGGGGACUGCCUGGGCAUCGACGUUGGGAAGGUGAAUGCCCUUCGCUUCAGCGGCCAGGCCGUUGAGGCCCCGGCGCCCGGGGCACGGCCUUGGCAAUGCGCUUCGUGUUCCUGGCGCAAUGUUCCGCAGAUCAAGAACUGUGAGCUGUGCCGAGCACAGCGGCAGAAGCGUUCGGUCGAGGCCGAGAAUUUCAAUGCCAGAAGCUCGUGUGUAGGCUGGGAUGGUGGCCCAUCAACUUGGACCGUGAACUGCAACAUGAAGAGCGCUCUUCGGGCGGCCUUUGCCGUCUGUGUGGCGAGGUCCCAUCCAUGUGGUCUUCAGUUGGUGGGACUGACCCAAAGUUGGAUGAUCGCAGCCCCAGGCACUGAUCAGGCGUCGCAAGACUUCCUGAUUGUGGUUUGUGCCUUCGACUUCAGCGAUGAUGCGGCUUUCGAGGAGCUAUGCAUGAACUCGAUUGGUCGAGUUGUGGGCUUUAUGGACCAAUCUUUCGAAUUGCCUGCUUUGUGGCGAACCCGGAUGUCUUCGUCGGAGUUUGAGAAAGUUUUUCAGGAGCAGCAGCGGGUGGUGGAGCGCACUUUCGAGACAACCAUCACAUGCGACUGCCGCAUGAACGCCAUAGCAGUUUGGUGGCGAUUGUCCGGUCCUGACGGCCUUGCAGUCGACACCCGGCCCUUUGCGCCAACUGCCAGCCGCACUGCAUGGGGAGGCUCGAAGCACCAAGCAGUCUUCUUCUUGGGGUAUGAGAUUGGCCUGGCAGCUGGCGAGGUGGUCAAGUUUCGACUGCGUUCGAGUGAUCUUCACUCGAGGAUCCACUUCGAGCAGCUCUCUCCAAAUCUCACGGAGCGUAUGGGACUCGUGAAAUUCGAGGUGGACAUCACCAACAUGCACAUCCUGUCCGAGCUCAAGUCAAAGCUGGAUCUGAGAACCAAUCGCCUUCUGGGACCAGUUGCAGGCACGCCUCUCAAGCGUCGGGACAAGCUGCUGCGCUUUGGGCCUUUUGAUGUGGCUCCUGGCACCUUGUCGCCAGAAUUGUGGCAGAAGGUCGAGGAGCGCCUUGUGCGCCACGCGGAGCGCCCGAAGCGCGGCGACGAGCCCGUGCGAUGCGUUUUCCGGCAUGGCAUCUUCGAGGGCACCGUUCGAUGGCCGACGCCACCUUUGGGCGAAGGGGCGGUGGUGCCGCGGCUUCCCUCUUACUUCCAUUCUUACCGGGACCUGGCUGCGAGGCCCUACCAGGAAGCCAUGGCGCGCUUUCUGGCCUCUGCCACAAGCGGCCGGCGGCCGCGAGUUCUGGAGCUGAACUGCGGCCCUGUGCCACUGCUCAGCAUCGCUGCGUCACAGCUUGGGGCACGCGCUUGGGCUCAAGAGGCCCUUCCCCACCUUCGUGACCUGGCGCUGGAGGCAGUCCGAGAGCAAGGACUGGAGAUGGUUUUCGAUCGCAGAGGUUUGGCCAACUACAGCUUCUUUGGCACGCCCAGGACGCCCGACGAUGCAGCUGUGCGAGUGCUCAAAGCCUGCCCAAGUACGUCCCUCGAGGUGAGCAGCCGAGAUCCCAAGUUUCUCGACUGCGCCGGCGCGGAUUUGCUCCUCUGUCGGCCGGAUCCCUCGGGGCCUCUUGCACUCGACUACUUGGAGGUCAUGUGCCACGCCCAGGAAUCCAGGGUUGCGGAAGCCAGGCUUAUCCCGGACACCUUGUCCAUCAAAGUCGCCGCCGUCGCCGGCCUGGAGUUCGUUGACGAGACCCUUCCUCCACUGGGGCAUGGCCCAACCGAGGCCGCGUUGGCUGACCUGCAGCUCCUGUCGGACGUGGAGGCUGCCUUGACGAUUGACUUGACCAGGUCGAUGGCCGACCAACUGCCCACCGCAAGGGGCGUCGUAACGGUCACACAAGCCGGUCGCGUGUCUGGCCUGGCAUACUGGCACCAGCCGGCAGUGGACGGCGAAGAAUUAGGCAGGAUGGGCUUGACAACCGGGGUUGUGAGUAUGCAUGUAAACACAUAUGUUCUGUGCGAAAAGCAUGUGCGCAUGUACCGGGAACAUACAUACAUAAUGGGGACCCCUCGUAAAGGUACUGGGUGGGUGGGUUCAUACCGUGCGACCUAUUUCCGGGAGAGUGCGGGGGGGAAGGAAAUACGUACCGGGGGGACACAGAAAUAG